UCCUGAGCCUUCCAGCAAGCGCGAGCGGAAAUCGCGUGACCCCGGAAGUGACCGGCCAGGCAGGCGCGCAGGCGGCCGGGUGGGGCGGCGGACGACGAUCGUCACUUGGUGCGGGCAGGAGCGUGGAACUGCGCCGUCUAACCUCCGGUGUCCCAGAUCCAGCCCCAGGUGAGCAUGGCUGAGCAGGAGCCCACUGCUGAACAGCUAGCACAAAUUGCAGCUGAGAAUGAGGAGGACGAGCACUCUGUCAACUACAAGCCACCAGCCCAGAAGAGCAUCCAGGAGAUCCAGGAGUUGGACAAGGAUGACGAGAGUCUGCGCAAGUACAAGGAGGCCCUUCUGGGCCGAGUGGCUGUGUCUGCUGACCCUAAUGUUGCCAACGUCAUUGUGACUCGCCUAACCCUCGUAUGCAGUACUGCGCCGGGACCCCUGGAACUGGACCUGACAGGUGACCUGGAGAGCUUCAAGAAGCAGUCCUUUGUAUUGAAGGAGGGAGUGGAGUACCGGAUAAAAAUCUCUUUCCGGGUGAACCGUGAGAUUGUGUCGGGUAUGAAGUACAUCCAACACACAUACAGGAAAGGUGUGAAGAUCGACAAGACGGACUACAUGGUGGGAAGCUAUGGGCCCCGCGCUGAGGAGUACGAGUUCCUGACUCCCAUGGAGGAGGCACCCAAGGGCAUGUUGGCCCGUGGCAGCUACAAUAUUAAGUCGCGCUUCACAGAUGACGACAAGACUGACCACUUGUCCUGGGAGUGGAACCUCACCAUCAAAAAGGAGUGGAAGGACUGAGCCCCAGCCUGGGAGGCACGCAGGGCUGACAGACAGACGGAUGUGUCCCCCUAACCCCCACCCUUAACCUCCUGACCCCAAACCAAAGUGCUGACAGGGCCCCCUGCCCAGGCUGCAGUCCUGCCUGGCCUCCUCCCAGCUGGCCAGCUGUGGCGCCUCUGACCCAGCUCCCAACCCCCAGUCCGCAGGCCCCCAGCCUCUUUGAUGGUUUCAUUUCUCAUUGCUGCUUCUGCCUGUGCUAUGGGGGAGGGGGCUUCAGCCCAGUUCCCCCCCCCUUCCUCCUGUCUUCCUCCAGGCCCUGCUCCCCAUCUCAACCCACCCAGCACCCCAGUUUUUCUGUAAGAGUGUGGUUCCAUGUGGGCUUUCUGGGGAGAUUUUAGUCCUCAAGAGUCCAAGCAGUUGCCUCAGCUCCUUGGACGGGGUUGUGGGGUGCAUGAUGCAGAGCCCUGUCGGGGCAGGAUGGUCAUUCUCCAGCUUUUUCUCCUUUUCCAGAUCAGUCAUCUAUCGCUAUCAGUAACUGUCUAACCAUGAUGCCUUAACAUGUGGAACGUGUGCUGUGGGGGCCUCACUAACCUCUAACCCUGUGUCUGCAUGAGCAUGUGGUCUCCCCAUCCCCACCCUGCCCUAAUCCCGGGGGCCUGGGAGGUGUAGGACUGCUCCUCCCCAACCUGGCAGGGCCUGGUCAGCCCUCUACCACCACCACCCCCUUUUCCCUGGCCAGCUGUGGAUGCAGUGCCUGGGGCCUGGGGAAGCCAAAUUGCCAGAACUCCAGUUGCCUCUGUUCCCAUCUGAGAGGCCAGGUGUAUUCACAUCUCUGCCUUCUCCAUCCCUUGGGCACCACCCAGAGUCUACCCCACCGAGUCCUGAUGGCAGAGCCAGUGCCCAGCCUUACUAGCCUGCUGGGCCCAGCUGGCCUGGAAGUACGGGCCCUCAGCCCGUCAGUAUUUAUUGCCUCCACAUGUGCCGUCCUCUGGGCAUGACAGCCUGCCCCCCUCUGCCCCCAGGCUCAGUGCCACUACACCGGGCAGGCCCCAGCCCCAGCCAGGACACCGCGGGACCAAGCGCAAACCUCUGGAGAGCCGUCUCCUGUGCCUCCCCCUUCCUGCCAGCGUGCAGAAGCCUGGCCCUGCUUUUCCUUUCAGACCGAGAAAUAAAAGUCCCCCCUCUGGA